CGAGAAGUAAAUAAUCACAAUGGCGUCUGAGGCGAAGUUUAGUGAUUUCUGCCAAAGCAGAGAAGAAAUUCUCGCUUGAUGGUUCUGUUGUCUACAUUCUACACUAUCAUCACAUUUUCUCUGAAAUGCAUACACUAUUGAAGAAGCCAGAUGGAGAACAACAUAGUCCAAGAUUUCCAAAAUCUCCGUGUGUUUUCCAGCUACAACAUUAAUAGGAUGGAUGAAUUAGUGCAGGAUUUAACCAAUGCUCUGGAGGAGACAUCAAAGGGCAUUCGCAGUGGUGGCAACCAAGAAAACAACACCGCUGGUGCAGUGGUCAGGCGUUAUCAUAAAAAGCGUCGUGGUGCACGGAGGACUGCAGUCAAUCUCUGGAAAAGAGGGACCAUCAGUGAGGCGUCAGAAAGCAGCAUUGAUGAGGCAAUAAGAGAUUACAUUGACAACGUAGUCACGCACAGCGAUUCAGAUGAUCUUGCACUGAAUCAUCGAAAACAUCGACUAAUGGUGCCAGUGACUGAGCCAAUACCCCCUGUAGAGUCAGAUUCUUUUACUGAAAAUUUAUCUCCCAUGAGGCCGCAGAGACGCCGCCGAAGAUACAAACAUAUGGCUGUGGAUGUCCUGCAGUCCGUGGAUGGUCCAGAUAUGUUUAAUAAUGCAGGUAGCAAGAUUAGCUCCACAGAGACUCCUGUUCCAGUGGCUACCUCGCCUUGUCAUUCCUCUGGUUCCAUGCUACAUGGUAAAAAGAGGGAAUCACUGCAUAAUGCUGGGGGCAGUGCACACAUGGGAGGUCAGAACAUCACUCCCGGAAAACGCAAGCGCACUGGCAAAAGUAGAAGUGAGUCUACAAAAACUGAGUCAAAAAAUGAUGGCGAUAAAGAAAGCCUUGACUUAGACAAAAUGGAAAUUGCCAGCAUAUCACAAUUGUCGUGUUUCAGAGAGAGCAGCUCACUCAGCAGUAGUGAGUUUGACAGUGAUGUGUACAUCAAUGUAGAUGAAGGCAGAGAAGCUGAUGAUGAGCAGAGCGAUUUUUUCCAUGAACCUGGGCCAGUUUGUGGCAUACCAGAAAUAAUCCGUUGGUGGGAAAAUGAAAGAGUCAUGGAUAGCGACAUGGCAGCUGGUAAUCAAGAAUUUGACAGCAUUUUGUUUGGCACCUUGGCUCAUUUACCUGAAUCCUCACAGCGAAGCUUCAGGAAUAGAGUGGAUAAGCUAAUGGCCAGGGCAGAGAGUGGUCGUGAGAUCAAAUUUGGUAGAAGAAAACUGAAAGGAAAGAUGCCACGCUACACAAUGAUGCGAUUUCUGCAAGACAGAGAGAAAUGGAAUAUGAUGCAAGGUGGGUACUAUAGUCCAGGAGCUAGCUGGAACAAUGGCAGUUACAGUAACCAGUCAGGGGACUACAAAAGACGUCGACAGACUCCUCCACCUUUUUCCUCAGAAGGAGGUUUUGUGGGACACGAUGCACCUCCGAUACCAGAAUCCAACAUUGGAAACCAGAUACUACAGAACAUGGGCUGGACUCCAGGAUCUGGGUUAGGUGCUGAAGGUGAUGGGCGUCAGGAUCCUGUCAUUGCUUUUUUGCACAGGGGACGCAGGGGACUUGGCUAUGAAACUCAGUCUGACGCUUGAUAGAGAAAGUAGUUUGGUGUUUGAUGCACAAGCUUGAGGUGCAUCUUGAGAGGUCACUGGCCUAUCUCUAUUGGUCUGAUCUUGUUGAGUUUUUCUGGGUCUUCCAGUUGAAAACUUUUUUUACAAAAUUUUCAGGAUUGUUUUAUUAACAUUUUGUUAUCAACAAACAUUUUCAAAAAAAUUUUAAAGUACUGCAUUUUUUGCUUAUCAUUUCAUUGUUGGAGUUUUUCCAUUUUGAUCAUAACAAUUGUUUUCUUAGAAAACUAAGCAGUUUUCUUUCAUGUUUUGAAUGUUUGUUAACAGAAGUUUAACAUAGUACCUACAGCUGGUAUCUAAUUAAUCAGGACCAUUGGUCACUACUGCCAGUGGAAAAUGUUAUGCAGUAAAACAUUGAGAUUAUAUUUUUGAAUGGUUGUGACUUUAUUAGUCCUUCAGAUAGAAAGCAUGUUUAUUGAUGUGUACAUGUGAUAAUAAUAAAUGCAAAAUUUGUAUAGCGUAUACUCACACUUCUAAGGAGAAUAAACAAAAAAAUACAGAAAAUGCAAAGAGCAACCAAGUAACACAGGCUGAGAGUAUCGUGAUUUUGCAAAAGGAAGACGAGUAGGGAAGUAAUAAGCAGAAAAAUGGGGAAGGGUGUGAAAAAGGACUAGCAUGUGAUAAAGUGCCAGUGUUAAAUGCAAAUGAAACUGCAAUGUCUUUGUCAAACAAUAGGUAAUUAUGGUCAUAUCACUUGGUAUAUGAAACAGUUCCCUUCCUCAAAAUAAAAUUCUUUUAUAAAUGUAUUUUAGAAAUUUUGCUCUGCGGUUUUAAAACACACUUUAUUAGUGCACACAAAGAUAUUACUAACAAAGAUAACUUUUAUACAGUUAAAUAUGCUGUUCAUGAUUUGUCACCAGUGCCUAUAAUGUCUGUGUGCAUCUAACAAUAGCAUUAAACAAGUCUAAAUGAUCCCUAACUUCCUGUCUUCAGGGAUACAUUUAGUCGUUCCUUGACUGGCACAUCAGGGGGAUCACAUGGAUAGACACAACAGUUGAUGGGGCCUGCCACUCUUGCCUAUUGUGAGCGAUAGCAGGAUACAUUCCGUGGGAUAUAUUAAACAUGCUUUUCUUUCAUAGACUCGGUACUAUGGCAUCUCAGACCCCCUUCUGGUUUCAGUCAUAUCUCUCAGAUAAAGUAGAUGGCUGUCUCCACCAGUCAAUAUAUGCUCAAUCAAUAUAUGCCCCAAGGUUCUGAACUUAGUCCUAUCCUCUUUAUCAUAUACACUAAGCCACUUACUACUCUAAUUCAGUCUCUCUCUAUAUCCAAUCAAUCUUGCCGAUGACACUCAGCUGUACACCAGUUGUUCUUCUCGGGCACACGGUGCUGUCCAGAGCAUCCAAGACUGUAUUUCUGAUGUUAAACUAUGGAUGACCCACAAUCAGUUAAAAUUUAAUGCAAAAUCAGAAACUUUUAUUUUUUCUAAGAGGAAAGCCAGAGUUUACCCUUCACUGCCCAUCUCUGUUCGGUUAGGCGAUGCUGAUGUUCCUUUUGUAACUUCAGCACAUAACUUAGAUUACAUAAUGUCUGCUGACAUGUCUCUUGAUAAGCAUGUUUCUCACAUCUGUAGUGCUGCAUACUAUGAGCUCUAGAAGAUCAUCUCCAUUCUCCAUACUUUGUCCAUCUCAACCACCAAAAUUCUCAUCUGCUCAUUUGUUCUGUCCAAACUAGACUACUGCCACUCUCUUCUUGCUGGCUGUCCUCAGUACCUCAUCCACAGCUUCAGAAAGUCCAGAACUCAAAUGCUUGUCUUGUUUUCCAAACAUGCAAAAUUGAACAUGUCACACCACUUUUCACUCUCUUCAUUGGCUACCAAUUAAAGAUAGAAUAGACUACAAGCUCUCAACUCUAUGCUAUGGAUUCUUUAAAGACUCUUCUCCACACUACUGAAAUCUUGUCUGUCCACUUCAUGCCCGAAACCUUCACUCAUCAGACUUGUACAUUCUAUCCCUCCCUCCCAUAAAGCUAGUCACGUAUGGUAAACGGACAUUCACCCCCUGUGCUGCUCAGCAGUGGAACUCUAUUCAACAUCACAUUCACAAGUCUGACUCCAAGGUUACAUUCAAACAUUCUCUGAAAACAUAACUGUUCACAAAGUAGUAUCCCUGAACUACUGUCCUUAACUCACCUGUAAUACUGUCAUGUUAAUCAUCAAGUAUGGCUGAAACUGUUUACAUUCUGUGCCUGUACGUAUCUCGCCAUCCAUUAUCUGUUCAUUUAUGAUUGUUGGUCUGCACAGUGAGUGCGAUCUAUCUUGGUCAUGGUCGUAAAUACCCAUUAUUUUUAUUUUUCUUGCACUUUCGCACAAUCUAGAGAUCUGUUAAUUUUAUUCUUUAAUAUGAUAAAGGCUUCUUAAUAAGUUAUACUGCUGAAACAGUAUUUCUUCAUGCCCUUGGGUAACAUAAAAGUUUUACUGAUCACCAUUAUACCCCUAGCAAUGCCUAUUAACUGAUCAUUUCAAUAGAUCUCUGAACCAUUUAACGCUCAGUUGCAUACACUGGUGGAUGGACAUUUCAUUCUGAGUUGUUUGCCACAAAUUCUAAAACAGGUAAAGCUAUAAAAUGGUCAUGUAAAAUAAGACGUUGCAUGCAAAAAGAAUUGUAAAUUAAGAGCUGGAGCAGGCAGUUGAUGUGCAGUUUGUUACCAUAAUAACUUCCAGCUGUGUACAUUGAUAUUUAGCCAUAUUUUAAGAACAUCACUUUGGUAUAUUUGUCAUUCAGGCAGGGGGUAUGCCUCACAAUGUAACAUAGCCAGAAUAAUAUUUUAAGUAAAUUCUGGAAAUCUAAUUGUGUGUAAAUCUGAACACUUUCAAUGACUGUAAUUCAUUAUUGUGGUUGAUCAACUCAGUAGAAUGAUUACUUUUGCAUGCCUGUGCUUUAAGGACUAAAACCCAUGUCCCAGUUAAUGCUAUUUCACUGUCUUCUGUGCUAUUAAAAUCCAAUAUUUAGCUGUCAGUCACAUUCACUUUUAAUGAGACAUUGUAAAUUAUAAUGUGGAAUAUUUUUACUUUCAAACUUUUUCUUCUUAACAUGACUGAAAGAUAAGGAAUUGUAUAUAAUUGUAAAAACACAAUAAAGAUUAGGACUUUGAA